GGGUGAGCAACACCGAAAGUCAGCGCUAGUCAGCAGCCAAUGAGCGCUGAAGGCUCGCAGCAGCUUUGAUUGGCUUGCGGUUUCCGACCCCAUAUCCACCUCCAAGUACCUGCAUGCUAACCCAGUCUCUACCUCGUCCUUUUUAAUCUUUAACCACUACUACCAUCACCUCCUCUCCAAUUCGCCUAAUAUGUUUGCUACCAGAGUCGCUCGUACGCCUCGCCACAUCGUAAUCCCAACUGUCUCCAUUCGCUCUCUCUCGACUGAAACAGUCACUUCCUCCGGCUCCGAACCUCCCCUUCCCCCACCUCCCAAGCACCUAGCAGUACCGAAACCUAGUCCUGCUAGAUCUCGAUUGAAUCCUGCACCAAGACCUAUCACCCGAAGAAGACCGUCAUUCCCCACUCUACAACUGCCACCUUCCUUUGGGCGAAACCAGAUUCUGCCAGUGGCGGAUUCCACGCGUGCGCUUUUGGAAGAUAUUGUUUCAAAGUUUGAAGCACCCAUUCGUUAUGCGUUUGCGUAUGGGUCGGGUGUCUUUGAGCAGGAUGGGUACACGACUGCCAAUCCCGCAUCCAAGGAUGGACCCAUGCUAGAUUUCAUGUUUGCUGUGACGCAUGCGUCACAUUGGCAUUCGAUCAAUAUGAAUCAGUUCCCUGGCCAUUACCCGCUGUAUUCAAGGAUGUUAGGGUCCUCGUUCGUCUCCCGGGUGGAGGAUAUUACCCCGGGGGUGUGGUUCAAUGCGUUUGUCCCGAUGAAGGGUGUGACGAUCAAGUAUGGUGUAACAACGGUUGACAAUCUGUGUUCAGACCUGUUGAACUGGAAUUCCCUCUAUCUCGCGGGUCGCAUGCACAAGCCAAUCCGUAUCAUCAAGGACGACGCGCGCGUUCGACUGACGCAACAAGUCAACCUGACCUCGGCCAUUCGGACGGCAUUGCUCACUUUGCCAGAGAAUUUCUCGGAGACAGAGCUGUUCGAGAGGAUAGCAGGGUUCAGCUAUGCCGGAGACAUUCGUAUGCUUCUACCAGCAGAGAACCGAGGCAAGGUAGGCAACAUUGUUCGGACACAGGGUCCUCAGUUCAGGGAACUGUAUCACCGAUUAGUGGUUGCGCUUCCUGGGGUACACUGGCCAGCACAUUCAUCUAAUAUCCAACAAGAUCUUGCCCCUCAUACGAGGGCAGUCCAUCUACGAAAGUUGCCGAAGAAUCUGUUAUCGCAUUUGACGGAGCAUUACGCUUCGGCCGACAUACCUCCGCGGGAAGUAGAUGAGAGCAUGUACUGGACAAGGUUAGCCAGUGACCCUAAGCUCUCGUUGGCCAUUCAGCAUGGUACGUCGUUUGUUAUUUUAUCCUAUACCUCAAUAUCGUUCCUGAUUGCCAACGCUUAUAUCAGAACUGGAGGGCAUCGUUCGAUACCCUUCUACUGUUCAAACUAUAAAGGGGGUGGUGAGUGCAGGCUUUGGCAAGAGCUUGCGGUACGCUGGUAACAAGGUUGGCAAAUGGUGGAAAGGGUUUGGGAGCGGACAGAAGUCGUCAUGAUCAUGCAUAAUUCAACUACUCAAGCUAUAGCAAUUUAGAGCAAGCCGGAGGACUAUUAUUGCAUCUUCGUCGAUAAUCACUGUUUGUAUCCAUACGCGUUCCCAACUCAUUUUGGUUUUUGUGGUGCUAGAAGCCUGAAAGAACAGUGAGUUGCGUGAAUUCCAAG